AUGGUUGGAGGUGGUGGCGUGGCUAUUUUCCUUCGCUGGGAUAUUCCUUAUGAAGUGGUAUCUCAGUCUUCUCCUAAUCUUAAUGGCCCGGAACAUUUAUUUAUCAAAAUAUCUUUACAUCACACUAAAGUUCUGUUGGGUGUUUACUAUAGCCCAUCCUUACACGUCAAUUAUUUUGAUUCUUUUGAUAACAUUAUUUCUGAACUUAGACCCAAUUUUGAUCAUCUUAUUAUUAUGGGUGAUUUCAACACAUGCCUCAUCAAAAAUGAUUGCCGUUCGAAAAUGCUGCUAUCUCUACUCCACUCUCUUAAUCUUACUUUACUCCCUCUCCUUCCUACUCACUUUCCACACAACGGCCCACCCUCCCUUCUUGAUCUUAUUAUUACAUCUUCUCCUGACCUAGUUCAAUCCCACGGUCAGUUUUGUGCUGUCGCUUUCUCGAGUCAUGAUCUUAUUUACGCAUCCUUUAAACUCCGUACUCCUAAACGCCGUCAUAGGGUCGUUUUGCGUCGCAAUUUCGAUGCUGUAAACAUUGAGGCCUUGCAGAACGAUCUUCGUCUUGCAGACUGGAGUCCCAUCUUCACAGCAAGCGAUGUCGACUCUAAAGUGGCUGCAUUUGAACACUUGAUUCUAAGUAUUUAUGACAAGCAUGCUCCUGUACAACAAGUGCGCCUUAAACAUAGUCCUGCCCCGUGGCUAACGAUGGAUCUGAAAGCUCUCAUGAGCAGACGGGAUAGAGCCAAAAUCAGGUUGCGCCGUAGUUCUACCGACAGUGAUCGCCAGAGCUAUAUUACCUUACGUAAUAGGUGCAAUAAGUUGUGUCGGCAGGCUAGGCGCAGGCAUAUCCACUCCAAUAUUGAAAACUGCCCUCCCGGUAGGCUCUGGAAUUACUUGCGUACUAUCGGCAUCGGGAAGCGUCAGUGUGGUGACAACUUUCCCAAUCUUAAUGAGAUCAACCUGUCAUUUGUUUCUCCUCCUGUAAAUCUAAAUCCCGUAAUUAAACAGGAAACGCUAGCUUCCCUUUCUGGCUUUCCUCAUUCACAUGAUGACCCAUUCACUCUGGCUGUCGAUGAUAUAUCAAGUCUAGAGCUCUCGGCAGUGACGGUAUCGGAUUGGAUAUGA